CAUCCACACGCCACACAGCGCCUCGCCCUCUCGCCUCGCCACCGCACAGCGACCGCGCGUAGCACGAGCUAACCUACGCGAUCGAACCGUAGCGCGCCCUGUGGCCAGUUCCUAGGAGAGACAUCCCCUCGAUCUCGUCUUCUCCUGUCCGAACCCUCUCCUAUAUUAAUCUCAUCAUCCCGAUACCAAGGCCGCCACCACCACCACCACCACCACUUGGAGCAAGAUCGUCAGGGUGUUGAUAGACCCAUCUGUUCCUGCCAGCAACUAGCUAGCCAACAAGAUGCUGCACGAGGCGGCGCCCUGCACGUGCGGGCUGCUCUACGGCAGCUGCGGCGGCGGCUGCUCGCUGCUGUUCGCCGCGGCGGCGGAGGACCACUACUACAGACACUGCGCCGGCGACGGGGAGGCCGGCUUCGGCGGCAGCGGGCCCUACGGGGGAUCGGUGGACUGCACGCUCUCGCUCGGCACGCCGUCCACGCGCCGCGCCGAGGCGGGGGCGCGCGCGCCGGCUCCGUCCGGGGCGCUGCACUGGGAAGCGGCGGCGCCCGUGCCCAGCAGCUGCAACGGCGGCAGGCAGCAGGCCGAGAGCGGCGCGGGGCGCGGCGCCGCCGAGGCUAAUCACGCCGCCGCGGGCGCCCGCCGGUGCGCCAACUGCGACACCACCUCGACGCCGCUCUGGAGGAACGGACCGCGCGGACCCAAGUCGCUGUGCAACGCGUGCGGGAUCCGGUACAAGAAGGAGGAGCGGCGCGCGGCGGCCGCGGCGGUGGCGCCGGCGACCCUUGCCACGGACGGCGGCGUGGAGUACGCGUCGUACGGGUACGCGCGGCAGCCGCAGCAGUGGGGCUGCUACGGCCCGGCGGCCGUGGCGAAGGCGGCGUCCUUUGGCAUGUUCGGCGACGCGGCCGGCGAGGUGGACGCGUGCCUGCCGUGGGGCCUCGGCGUGAUGCCGUCGUCGUCGCCGGCGUUCGGGGCCGUCCGGGAGAUGCCGAGCCUGUUCCAGUACUACUAGGUACCACACCAGUAGCUUAGCAGAAUGGUAGACUGCAAGUCCGAAGCCUCCUUUUUCUCUUUCUCCCCUUUUGGUAACAACAAGAUGCUGUACUUCUUUUUGAGGGCACGAGAUGCUGUACUUGACCAACGACCCAGCUGCAUCAAAAGCCGAAGCUGAUAUGGAUCAAUCCGAUUUCAUUCACUCCUGCUCA